CCAGACGCUGUCAAGUCAACGAACUGAUGAACUUGGCGGUUUCACUAGUUUAUUAGAUAAAAAAAUCCAGAUAUGCCUCCGAAGAAACGUGAUAAAGACAAUGAAACAAACAAAAACUCCAAGAUUGACCACCUACAGGCUGACCAUGAGUUAUUUUUACAAGCGUUUGAAAAGCCGACACAAAUAUACCGAUUCCUUAGGACCCGCAAUAUGCUAUCACCUAUAUUCUUAAACAGGACAUUGUCGUACAUGAAGCGGCGUAUGUCUAGGAGUAAUAAAAGCCGGAAUGGUUUCAAAGUUGACUGUUUAUUGGAGAAAAUCUCAUUGAAGAAGAGCACAGAGUUACAGCCCAAUUGCCUGGGAGGUUAUAUGACUCUCACCUUCCUAGGCUUUUACGACAAGAGUCUGGAUGAUCCUAGAGAAUACCAAGUGAAAGUGGAGACUCUGCUGCUCAAAAUAUGCCACAAAAAGAGGAAAGAGAGCUCUUCAGCUAUUGUUGAAGUUUCUGUUGGCAGUUGUUCCCUUCCUCUCAACCCAUCAACAUCAGAACCUCCAGCUAUGGCCUCUGCCGUCAGCAUCUCAAGUGACACAUUCAGCCCUUCUCAGGGACCUAAUGUGAAGUCAUACAUGUUAAUGUUGAGAGUCACUGUGACCAGAAGCUCUGGGAGUACCAGUAAUGGUAUUGCUAGUACUAGUGAAAUCACUAAUGGUGAUUGUGAUGAACCGGUAACAAAACGGCUGAAAUCGUCAACCGAUCUCAAUUCUACACCGGACAGUAAAUGGACGAAGCUAUAUGGCAGUGAGCUAAUAGUAUAUGAUAAACAUAACCGCUGUUUACUGACUAACGGGGAGUAUGACCUGGUGCUUCACGACGCCACGCCUGGGGGCCGCAGUGCUACUAUCGCGCGCUCUCCACAUAAAGCGCUCAUGGCCCAAUGGGAGACCAUUCCUAGUGAUAACGAUCUCCAAACAGAAACAAACCCAUUUGACAUAUUCAAAGUACGGCCUCUGUUGAAACUAAAACUAAGCUGGAGUCAGGAACCAACAAAUGGGCUGGUGAAUCGACCUAAAUUGUAUCAGCAAAGUGAAUUUAAUGGCAUGAAAAAGGAAUCUAAUAAGGAGAAAAACGCACAAAAGUUUAGUGAUAAUAAAAAUGGCGAUAAAGUGAAAACAGAGUCAUCAGAAGGCGAGUCAAAGAAACAGCAAAUAAUCUAUCAAUUCUUAUACAAUAAUAACUCGCGGCAGCAAACAGAAGCGUGUGACGACCUACAUUGCCCGUGGUGUUCCCUCGACUGCGGGACACUCUAUUCACUACUCAAACAUCUCAAGCUCUGCCACUCGCGAUUUAACUUCACUUACUUCCCGAUCCCGGGCGGCGCACGCAUCGACGUGUCGAUAAAUGAGUUGUACGAUGGAUCAUACACGGGUUCGCCGCACGACCUGAUUGCGGCACAGGGCCGCGGCGCGGGAGCCCCGGCCGGGCCCGCCUCUGCGCUGGCUGCGGCCUCGGGUGGGCCCUCGAAUGGCCCCCGCGCCGGGCCCACGCGCCGCACCUCGCUCACGCACGUGCUGGUGUGGCGUCCGCGCGCCAAGCGCCGCCACCACAAGCACAGCCUCGCCGAGUUCCUCGAACUCGACGACGCCGAGCUGCUCGAGGCCCAGCGGCCUUAUAUCACAGGACACAACCGACUGUACCACCAUACUAUCACCUGCCUCCCCGUGUACCCCAACGAGCUGGACAUCGACUCGGAAAACGAGACGGACCCGUUGUGGUUGCAACAGAAGACAAUGAUGAUGAUCGACGAAUUCACCGACGUGAACGAAGGCGAGAAGGAGCUCAUGAAGAUGUGGAACCUCCACGUGAUGAAGUACAACUACGUCGGCGACUUCCAGAUCCCGGUCGCCUGCCAGAUGUUCCUGCAGAUCAAGGGCAAGGAGCUGCUCGAGAAGAACCUUUACAGGAACUUCAUCCUGCACAUGUGCUCGCUGCACGACUUCGGGCUGCUGAGUCCUGUGGCGCUGUACCAGACGAUGCAGAUGCUCAACCAAAUGCUGGCGGACAACGCCGAGGCCAAAGAGAAGAUGCGCCAGGCGCUGUGCGCGCAGCGCGAGCGCUGGCACGCCGUCGGCAAGUACCAACAGCCCGUCACUAUAGAGCAGAAGCCGCAGGUCGCCACUGCCAAGCUCAACAACGCCGAGGCCUCACCUUCGGUGCGAAGGAAGAUCUCCAAUUUACAAAACGCCAACAGGAUGGGCAGUGCGGGCAACUUCAACAAGUCCGCGAGCCCGGGGCCGAGCAACGGAGAAACCAAAAGAAAGAUGUCGUCGGGCAGUAUACAGAGUCGUAAACGGUCCUCUAUAACGGAACGGAAAAGCUCCGUAUAGCGUUUGUUCAGCCGAAAGCGAACUCUCGCUUCGACUCAUGGAAGACGUGAGUACAAACUUGGAUUGCCUACUUCUGGGGUCACUUGUGAGUUCCCUCCGUAGAACAAAUUUUAAUGAUCUGCACUUUUAUUGCAUAAUGUUAUUGGCGCCAUAUCAAUGUACUAUUAAUUUUAUUUUAAUCAAAAUUGUCUUGUGAUUAGUAAUAUAAAUUCGUUACUGCCCUUGAUGUCGUUUUAGAUUAGGAUACUUUUAGCGUUAGCGGUGGUCCAUGAAAUGGAUGAAAUAGUCGAGUUAGAUGAUUGUCGUGUAGAGAUUUUAAAGUCUGUUCCGAAUGCUGUGUGGGCCGAUAAAGAAGAAUUUAACAAACAAUAUUGUCGUAUGAAACCUUUGAUAUUAUCUUACUUGAUACUGUGAUUUUCAAGCACGUCGGACCGUUUCUCGAUAUACUUACAUAAUACUGUACUGAUAUGAAAAUUAGCAUUAUAAGAUUUAGCAAUGAAUUAGACAUUGGUACCUCAUUGGAUUACGAUGCGACGAUUAGACUGUUAAAUUGAUUUAGCUUAGGAGUUUAAAUAAAGUACAGCUUUAAUAAAGUACAGCGCUAAACUGAAAUAAAUUGUUGAUACAAAAUCCAAAGCAAAUUUGUAUAGUGAAGUUCUGUGUAUUGUUAAUAUCUGAUUGAAGUAACCGCUGGAUGUUCACAAGACUGUAAAUACAUGGCCUUACAGAUGUUGACUCAUUUUGUACUUAUGCAGUUCUCAUAGAUAAGUAAACCAAUAACAAUCGCUAGGUUGAGCUUAUAUGAAGACAGGGUAUCUUGGAAGUUGACGCCAAAGCUUAAGGGGCUUUUCAAACAUCAAAUCGUGAGUCUCAUACGGCUCACGCGGUAACGUACUGAGCGGCCACGCUGCUCUAUUCAGUACGUAUCUGCACGUUGCAUCGUACACACAUCGUGCCACUAUGUCGUACGACGUACCCGGCGCAUCGCAAAACCACGCGAUUUAUGGUAGGCAAGAGAUAGUAUGUAGUUUCUAGCUCUAAAACACCAACAUCAAGCAAGAUAUAUCAGCAAAUUAUUCUCGAAUAUGAGUUGUGGCAUUUAUGCAGUACUGCGAGUUGUAGUACCAAAUAAUGGCAUAUUAAAGGUAUGUUUUAUGCCAUUCUUGCAUAUUGAAUGCUCUUCAUGCUGGCCAAUACUCAGAACCAACGUUUAUAGGGGGAGGACCUAUUAAGGUGCUUUUCCACAGGCUAGACGAGACGUGGAUUGAAGUUUAUAUGGUAAAAUUUCAAUUCUCUUCUAGCGCAUCUUCGGUGGAAAUGGUUUGGAUUGACGAGGAUGUGCGAGUUGACAAUUGAAAUAUUUGUUGAAGUGAUAUUGAACCGUAUUGCUGCCUACAUAGAGUAACGCUGCAACGGAAACAAGAUUUUUCGCGCGAGGUCGCAAUGGCUAUUAAAAUAAAUUGCGAGAAUGUGGAAUACGUACGAUUUAAAAAAAAAAGAUUGCUUUAUCCGAUUCAUCUUCCGUCAACAUAUUUAAUAUCAACCGCGAGCUCGCUAUAGCUAUUAAUGGCAACUUUUUAGAAAAUAGGCUGGCGAGAUUUCAAUUCUCGUCUGACCUCGCCGGUGGAAAAGCACUCUUAUACGCCUUGUGGAAAAGCACUCUUAUACGUGUCAGCGUGCUGGUGCAACAUAAUGAGAAGCCUUUCAUUGGUUUUAAAUAGUUUUAACCAUUGACUUUUUAACGGAUAAAGUAAGCCUUCUGUAUGGUUUUGGCGUUAAUCUCGUGGACUGCCCGUAUUGUGAUGACCAUUGUGUAUAAUAAAAUAAUAAGUAAAUAUUGCGAUCGUUUUCAUACAAAGACUUCGUCCCGUAAAUAAAUUUAACUGUUAUAGGCAUACGUUUAGGUGACAAUGUGUUCAUGAUUUUGCGUGCGGUAUAAUUUUGAAUGAUACGUAUAGUUCAGUCGUAUGGUUUUAAGACAGAAUAAUAAAGUAUAAAAACUUGGGUGACUUGAUUUGGAGGUUCGCGGUUCAUCGUGUGACUGAAGUUUUAAACAUUUAUUAAUUUAUGUGUCUUCCCGAUACAUUACUUUAUAC